AUGGGGCCGUCGUUUAGAAGGUUAUCAUCGGGUGUCGAGGCGCGGCGCACUCGUCCUGCUGAUCUUUUGCUGGCUUAUCAAUGUGAUAAGAAGACUCGUGCUCUUGACCUGGGAGGAGGAUGCCUUGGACUGCCCAUUGGCGUUGAUGUUGGUGGCGUGAAUGCGAAGUUGGCCUAUCGGACAUACCGCUGCACAAAGUUUGAGGCCGAUGAAGAUGCUGUCGGGCCAUCGCAUCGCGAUUCGGGUCGUCGCUAUAUGUCCGACAAUCCGAAGAGCGUAUAUCGAGAGCUGAUCCUGAGCUCAGGAGUAUUGGCGGGGCGUAACCAGGGUCAGGGGGAGCGUAGACAGGCGAGGAUGCCUUAUGAGUUGUCUAGCGUAUGUGGAGAAAGAGCUGACGCAGCUCCCAUCCAGUCGAGGAAAUUCGAUCCAGAGAUGCGAGUACACGUCAAGUGGAUGUUGCUGCUGAUCCAAAUCAGGUGGCUGAAUUGCGGUGCCGAACGAGAAUUCCAUGGUUUAGCCAUUGGAGUGUGA